GAUGAUAGCAUAGCUAUCUUAAUGGCGUUCCAAACACCAGAAGUUGAAGUCUUAGGGUUGACAACAAUAUUUGGUAACACUAAUACAGAAGGUGCCACUCGUAAUGCAUUGCUUUUGUGUGAGAUCGCAGGAUAUCCUGGUGUUCCAGUGGCAGAGGGUAGCCCUGAACCUCUGAAGGGGGAAACACCUGUUGUUGCAGACUUUAUUCAUGGUUCAGAUGGAUUGGGCAACCUGUUUUUAGCUCCUCCAAAAUCCAAAAAAAUUGAGAAAACUGCGUCUAAAUUUUUAGUUGAUAAGGUCACUGAAUAUCCUGGUGAAGUAUCUAUACUUGCGCUAGGACCGCUGACAAACUUGGCUUUAGCUGUCAAAAGGGACUCGUCCUUUGCAAGCAAGGUGAAAAGAGUGGUCAUACUUGGUGGAGCAUUCGGUGCUUUAGGAAAUGUCAAUCCAGCUGCAGAAGCAAAUAUCUAUGGGGACCCUGAAGCAGCAGAUGUUGUGUUCACCUCUGGGGCAAAUAUUGUUGUUGUUGGCAUAAAUAUUACAGCACAAGUCGUAUUGACAGACACAGACCUUUUCGAAUUGAGACAGUCUCAAGGAAGACAUGCUCAAUCUAUAUGCGACAUGUGCAAAUUUUACCGUGACUGGCAUGUGAAGUCUGAAGGCGUCUACGGAAUUGUCCUUCAUGACCCAGUCUGUUAUGUGGCUCUAGUUCGGCCUGAUCUAUUCACAUACAAGAAGGGCGUUGUGAGGGUUGAGACACAGGGCAUCUGUGCAGGGCAUACCCUAAUGGACCAAGGACUAAAAAAAUGGGGUUCAAGCAACCCAUGGUCAGGCUAUUCUCCUGUUUCAGUUGCAUGGACUGUUAAUGUGGAGGAAGUUGUAACUUACAUCAAAAAAAUGUUAAUGAAACCAUGAUAAACUGUUGGAUCUUGCGCUUGAUGUAAGAAAAUUUCCAAAUGAAGAUCGGGUUGUUUCUGAUUGCUAGCAACUCAGAACCCACGUGGUGGGAGUGAAAGGGUGAUUUAAACUGUUAGUUAUGUUGUUGAGAAUUUCUUGUAAUUGUCCUGUACAUGUUACCUUAUUGGCAUCCAUCCGUUGGAAAAUGUCUUAUGAUAUAAGGGGACAAUCACCCCUUGUUUCAUAUACUUGACCUCAUUCCAUCUAUAAUGCUUUUUAAACUGGUUUUCAGUACACCAUGAAUUUGCAAAGAAUGUAAAAUGCUGCUUCUCUUGGUGGGAGUAUUUUCUGCUCAGGAGACAACAGG